UUUCAUAACUGAGUGUUUUUUAACUAAAUUAACAUGGCUCGAAUGAACCGCCCAGCUCCUGUGGAAGUCACAUACAAGAACAUGAGAUUUCUUAUUACACACAAUCCAACCAAUGCGACCUUAAACAAAUUCAUAGAGGAACUUAAGAAGUAUGGAGUUACCACAAUAGUAAGAGUAUGUGAAGCAACUUAUGACACUACACUCGUGGAGAAAGAAGGCAUCCAUGUUCUAGAUUGGCCUUUUGAUGAUGGUGCACCACCAUCCAACCAGAUUGUUGAUGACUGGCUAAGUCUUGUAAAAAUUAAAUUUCGAGAAGAACCUGGUUGUUGCAUUGCUGUUCAUUGUGUUGCAGGCCUUGGCAGAGCUCCAGUACUUGUUGCUCUAGCAUUAAUUGAAGGUGGGAUGAAAUACGAAGAUGCAGUACAGUUCAUUAGACAAAAGCGGCGUGGAGCUUUUAACAGCAAGCAACUUUUGUAUUUGGAGAAGUACCGUCCUAAAAUGCGGCUGCGCUUCAAAGACUCAAAUGGUCAUAGGAACAAUUGUUGCAUUCAAUAAAACUGGGGUGCCUGAUGCCAUUGCCUUGGAAAUGGAACUUGAGAUAGGACCUAAUUUGUCACACGUACUGGCCAACAUGUUGGCUUGGUGAAUAGUCUAAUGAAGCUUCCAUGGAAAGCAGUUUCACCAGUCCACAAGCUUGACAGAAUUGCAUCCUCUGUAUUUGGCUUAUGAUCAACCUAUUUGGACAAUUAGCAAAAAAGAUUCUUGCUACUCAGCAUUUAAGAUGUGCUUAUUGUUUGUACCGAUUCUUUCCUGAAAUCAUGCAGUAUUGAAUAAUGUCUUUAAAUCUUCCCAGGCCAGAAUUUUAUCAAUAUAUAAGAAAUUUAGAAAGAUUAGGUGCCAAAACACCCAGCACAAUACUUGUAUAUUUUUAGUAUCAUACAGAACUAAAAUCCCAGGAACUAUGAACACUCUAGACCUUAUGUGGUUUAUUCCUUCAGUCAUUUCAAACAUAGAGAGUAGAGGAUAAGGUUAUUUGCCUGCUCACUUUAUGUUUACAUCUCCCACAUUCGUACCAGUAUACAUCAGGUUUGUGCAACUUUUUUUUUCUUUUUUAGCCAAGUCUUAGAGUGAUUAGGGUUUUUCUAUAAAUCUCAUUUUGUGCUGUUAUGGAAAACCUCCAGUUUGAAAUCUGCAUUGUACAGAAGCACAUGUCUUUAAUGUCUCCAGACAAAAAAAGCCUUACAGUUUAUUUUAUUGUUUGCACUUUGGGGUGCAACUUAACAGGGAGGGCCUGGAAAAAAAGAGAACAGGAGGGGGGAGCUAUUAAGUAUUUUUAGUAAACUAUUGCCUUUGUCUUGUGCAGAACAUGUAGAAUAUGCUGUUUAAUUUAGGGUUUUUUUUCCCCCUUAGAGAUGCUUUGUUGUAGCUGAAACAAUUCUUAAUCGUAAAAUUUUCUGACUUUGAUUUUUUUCAUACUUAUCUGAAGUUGUUUACCAACUUAUUUUUGUUUGAAGUGUGAUUUUUUUUUCCCAACCUCUUGCAAAAAAAAGUGGGUUUCUGCUAAUGAAUUGAGGAUAUAUCUAAUAUUUUAUAUGCCUUUUGAGCUGUGUAACUUAAUAUUUGGAUACUUGAUAAUUUGUUUUAUUAUGUAAUUGAUAAAAUGGUGAUGUGUAUUAAUGUUAGUUCAACCAUAUAUUUAUACUGUCUGGGAAUGUGUGGUUGUAGUUCUGUGGGAGAAAUAAUUGUCAGUGUUCACCAGCUUGUAAAAAUCUAGUGCGAGAGCUUAAACAUCUAAAUAAAUAAUGAAAUGCAAUUUAUCAUUGAAAUUGUUUUGCUUAAGGUUAACUUGUAGAAAACUGGAUGAAUUGUAGUUCACAUAAUGCCAUUUGAGGUCCUGUAUAUAGUGUCCUUGUUUAGUUUUUUUUGUUUCUAGCAAAUGAAGGAUUAAAAAUGAAGUUAGUGUUUUAGUUCUUAGUUAACUCCUUGUAGGUAAAUUUUGUAAGGGUCAUGAAGGCUGUUUAAUAUUAAAGUGCUUUUCAUUAUUUCCAUUUUAAUUUAAAUCAUUUUAAAGGUUUAGAUAAUUUUAAGCCACGUGUAGUAUUCGGAGGAUAAACAAUAUAGUGGCUUUGUGGCUCGGUUCUAAUAAUUGUUUAUUGGUUUGUGGGCAACUUUCAUUUGCAAAUCAAACACUGUUAGAAAUUAGUUUGAAUGUAAGUAUUUGGCACAUGAGGGCUUACUAAAUUUUGUUCAGUGGCCUGAAGUCUUUUGCUUAUCUAUUUUUAAUUUAAAGGGGAUAAUUAAGGCUGUCGCCUUUUUUUAAUUUUAGCGUUAAGUUCAAAAUUCGAGUAAAAUUUGGUAUCUACCUUGUACUUAAAGAAUGUACUACAUUUCCAGCUGAAUAAUUAAAGUCCAUCUUGAGACUUAGAGUCAGGGCAAAAGCAACAAGUGGGGCACACGGGUGGGGGCUCUUUGGUUCUCUAGAUUUAGAUCUUUUGUGAAUAGGGCAAGUUAAACAUUUUUAAACAACCUCCUCGGUAAUUUUGUGUGCUUGAUGUAAAUGACAGUUGUCACAUACCCCAUGGAAUAGCAUUGUGUAUGAGGAGGUGUCAUGAAUAGUGAAAAAAUACUUUUUAAGACUAAUAGUUUUAUUACAAUGUUGGAUUGUAUAAUGGUGCUAAAAAUUAAAACCUGUAGUAGGAUACAUCCUGGAAGAUCACUUAAUAUCUAAGAAAAAUUUAAGUGAAAUAUGAGUUGAGAUAAAUACAAGAAGUUACCGUAUAUUGUUUUAAAACUUGGUUACUUGGUUUUGGAUAACAAUAUCCCUAAAUAGCAUGAUGUAUAAAAAAUGGCUAGUUGAUUAGGUUUGUCUAUUGGAACUUUAAUGUUGCUGAAAUGUAAGUAAUGUGAUUACUGAAUCAACCAGAAAAUGCAGUCUCUUAGUUUGAGGAAAAACCUAGAAAUAAAUGUACCAUUGGUUAUUUUGCA